ACUAACUUAGCGCCAGUUUCAUUCUAGGACCUUGAUCUGGAAUUUUCGUACGAUAGCUUACAGUCGGGAAUUCUGCUAUGGAGCAAACCUGUUAUUAUAAAAUUUUAGGUAUUGAGAAAACUGCUUCAGGUGAUGAGAUAAAGAAAGCGUAUCGCCGACUGGCACUUAAAUGGCAUCCAGACAAGAACCCCGACAAAAAGGAAGAAGCAGAAAAAUGCUUCAAACUCAUAAGUGAGGCAUAUGAAGUUCUGUCGGACCCUAAGAAGCGUGACAUAUAUGACAGACGCGGCAGGGGUCCUCAUGCUGGCGAGGCGUUUGUAUUUGAGGAUUCUGAUCCUUUCUCAAUGUUUACGCGGUUCCACUUCCGAGAUCCCAUGGAUAUAUUCAGAGAAGUUUUUGCUGGCUCUGGACUCGAUUCCUUCUUUGGCCCUAGUAUUCAUGACUUCCAAUACGGUCCUCAGUUGGGUCGCGCUCACAGGUCUAACUCUCAUCGCAACGCUGGGCGACAAUCUGGAUCUCCUUAUCAUCAUGCCGGACGUUCUAGUCAAGUGCAGAGUUAUGAUCCCAUGCUCGCAAACCCUUUCAUGGGUGGACUUUUUGACUCUCCGUUCGGUGGAUCGCUGUUUAGCCCUUUGAUGGCUUUUACUGAUUCUGGGUUCGGAAAUCCCCAGGGUUCUUCAUCAACCUCCAUCUUCAGUAGCUUUGGUGGAUCUUCGUGUGCAGGUGGUUUCAGGUCAGUUUCAACAUCGUCCAAGUACGUAAAUGGGAAAAUGGUUCGUGUGACAAAAGUGGUAGAGAAUGGUACUGAAACCAUUACGGAAGAAGUAGAUGGUCAGGUAACUAACCGAACUGUCCGUCAAUGUGGAAAUGGAGCUCUGCAAGCAAUGUGAUUUAUCUUCACACGAAAACAUACUUUGUUCGCAUAGUAAAACUAUUAAUUUUUUAUAAUCAGUUUAACAGUUAUUUGUUGAGGUUGUUAAAGUAAUAUUUAUGUUGUCUAAACGACUAUGUCUUAAUGCGUCCAAUUUAUUGUUACGUCUAUUGGGUACUUUGUUCUUCAACUGCACUUAAGACAUACCACAUUCGAAUCCUCUUAUAAUACUUAUAUAAAAUAAAUAUAUCCCACUGAUUUUGUUGUUGUGUAUUUUCACUUUUUAUUUCAAGGUAUGAUAUUCGUGUGGAAUCGCUUAGUUGUGUCGUCAAGUCUCGGUUAGCUAAAAUCAUGAAUAAUCCGCAUCAAUACAUAGUUUGGUAAUGAUGACCAGCUGGACAAAUUGAUCGUCCUGUCAAGUUUAUCAGCUUUGGUGGGUUAGUGACUACACAGAUACUGCAAUUUUCGAUCAUCGUAAAAUCAAGCCACGUAUUGAGCGUACACGUCACUCGAUUGUCUAUUAAAGAGGUGGUAUACGGAGAUAUACUAUGUAUGACUUAUAAUGACAAUACAGCCGCUAAGAGCAAACCCAUGUUUAUGCUGUAAAUAUUCGAUCAUAGUUGUCGUCGGAGCAUUUCUCAAAUAUAAUGGAACCUUCAAGUUAGUGAUGGAAGUUUCUGGCUCGAAACGCUAAAUAAACUUACAUCAGCUGCAGCGACUGUGACGUGGGCGAGAAUGAUUGGUUGUUUGCUUAGUCUGACAAGCAUUAGGGAUUUUCAAAAUCGGAUUUCCUGAAGUCAUUUAUAAACAACGUAUCUGAAGUAAAUUCUGGUUCAUGUCAAGUGUCAGCUUCCAAUAACAUUUUGGAGGUGCAGUCACAGCUGUUCAAUUGGAUUGACAUUUGACAUGGUUAUCAAACUAGACAUUCUGGCGUUCAUACGCUUACUAAGUACCACACAUUUUUGAAUACACCAUAGACUAUUGAACAAUUUUAGAAAGGUGCUCCUAACUGAUAAUAACAACUAGAAUAAUACUACGCAUGUUUAAUCCCAAAAUCCAAUAAGUUCACUUUAUUUCCUAACUUUGCAUUGCGUUUUAUUGUAGGAAACUUGAGAUAUUGUCAGUUUAAAUAGACUGUGAUCAAAAUGAGCUGUUUACAUUUGUACGAUUAUAAUUUUUCAUAUGUUGAACAAAACACAAGUGAUAUCAGUGUAGUACAUGCCUUUUUUAUAAUUCUGUAGAAUAAACUGGCUACAA